AUGGGUCAGGUUGUGAACGGGGACUACAAAAGGCGAUCGCUGGGCGCAGAUCUCGUCCGAGCACCCUCCUCAGCGAUGAGCGUUUCUAAAGCGACAGCGGGUGCGCUGUGCCUUUCCACGUUCACCUUACUGAUCUCGCUCUAUGCCAUCUACAACAUCUACACGGAUGUGCGAGGUAUCUGGAUGCAGCUUGACGAACAAAUGGUCGAGUUCAAAAUUCAAACCGAUGACAUCUGGACGCAAAUGCUUGGACUUGGUGCAGCUACACCAUCCACUCGUCAACGACGUCAAGGCAAAGAACAGUACGGUGCUUACGAAGCACAAGGAGUAAACGCUGGACCAGUCUGCGGUGAGCUGUCAAUUCAAUUUCUUUGCUUUUGCCGCGGAGAUACCGCGUUCAAGCUAGCUCACUGCUUUUUCGUAUGGGCUGAUAAUUUUUUGUUUAUCAAAAUAAUUUUCGCGAGUCUGUUAUAGUA